AUGGCUCUGUUGUAUUUGAUCAUCGCUCUGAUCAUUCAGGGUUCAUUUACACAUGAUAUUGUAGAAAACAGCACGGAACAAACUGAUAGCCAUGAAGCAAUAAAUGGCAAAUUAGACGAUGUAGUCAUUGACGAUUUUCAUAACGAUAAAAAAGACUGGUUCGACUUCUUUUUACUGCCUGAUGCAGAUCUAUAUCCAACAUCUUCAAUCGCCAUGAUGACUCAAGCCACUAAUUCAGAAAAAUCUAUGGAAGAACAGCUAGAAGACAUUAAGGAAAUAGCUGAAAAGAUUACUCUAGCCCUACAAAGUGAAAUGGCAAAUCUUCUUGCAUACGCGAUAAGCACCACCAAUAAAACCAUUGAAGAAACAGACGUUGAAAACAAUAACCUACGCAAACGGAGAUCAGUUGAAACUCCAAUGGGCAGCACGAAGUUAAUAACAAGAUUACUCAAACAUAUCAAAUCCAACAACGAGUAUCAAAAUAUAGCCAUAGAUAAAAUGAUGACUGCCCAAGAGAUCGCUGAUAAAUAUGGAGUUGAAUUCAGUCCUGAUGUUGAAAUCAUAUCUGACCUUGCUAUUUCUGCCAACCAACAAGCUGAUGAAAUGGCUUCCUUAUUGCAAGAUGCAUUGAACAUGAAAAACACUACAAAAAGAAUAGAGUCCUCAGAAAACAAGCAAGAUGAAGAUGUAUACUAUAUCUACCCUUACGCAGAACAUGAACAAAUACCACGUACUCCAACGGCUCAUCCAGUUGUAAACCACCAACAUCACGCAGAAUCUUACCCCAGCUUCAAUUAUUACUACAACUAUCCUUAUGAAUCUCAAAUACCAGCCCCAGUUUCAAACUAUUAUAGUCCUCCUGUCACCAAACGUCCAAACUUUUACGACGCAGUAUCUUAUUCUCCAGACUAUUACCCACCUUACUGCUCCAUGGAUCCUGUUCCUGAGGCUUCGACUAUUAUCUUGCCGUUCGAGGAGCAAAAUGAACCUGAGGCUGAGUUAGUUGGUGAAGAAUUUGAAGAGACCAUCUCAUCGAAGUUAUACGUAGACCGAGGAGAUGAGCCUGGUUCCGCUACAGUUAAUCAUGUAAUGACUUACACCAUAGCAGAGAAAUCACAUUUUAGAAAACCGGAAAUUGAAAGGCUACCUGAACAAAUGCAGUACUACUUCCUUUUAAUGUAA